AUGGGGCUGCUCUUGGUUUUUCCUCUCAUCGAGUCCCAAAGCAGAACGGACCCUUCCCUGUGUAACAUAACCGCUGAGGUGCUCUUGACUUGCCUUCGUGACUGCCAGCCCUUAAGCUUGACUAAGGAGCCAGCGGACUGUCUUAAUGGCAUCGAAUCGUUACUGUGUUCCUGGUUGGAGGAGACCUCCACCUCAGGCCAACAGAUUCCACACAAGCAAAAAGAGAAUGCUGCCGCUGCCCUCGUUGCCUUGGCUUGCGCAAGGGGAUCAUUGAAAACAUUUGUUCACACAGUGCACCUUUUGCAGAAGCAGAGCGAUUUGGGAUCCCUGCCUGUGGCUGAUGUGUUAUACAGGUUGUUGCUUUUGGAAGGGGGCCCUGGAUCUCCUUCUUGUUUGCUUGGGGGCAAGCACGUGGUCUCCUGGGGUUUUGAAGACAUGUUGCCAGCACCUGAUGGUAACCCUGGUUCUGGCUCCGAAAAUAAAGAUGCAGACUUGGGCCGCUGCCUCGCAGCAGAUGGGUGUUAUCUUUAUACAACAAACUCGGUUGGCCGGGGAAUAAGCAAAUUAGGAUCUGGAUUACACGGUACCUUACGAGGCUUUGUGUAUUGCCGUAAUGAAGAGUUGGAGACGGGUUGGAUUGCUUUUGGCCAUGGCAGACUCCUUCACAGGCCUGUCUCUUUUGAUAGUAAACCUCACUCCCUUUUCCAGGUCCUCGACCAGAAUACUCUUCAGGUAUGUCAGCUUCUCCCAAUGCCAGCAGACCACUUCCCAGUAGGCAGCACUAUGACCACUGUACAUCUUUCUUCCGAUGGGACCUAUUUCUACUGGAUCUGGUCUCCUGCAAGCUUGAAUGAAAAAACCCCCAAGGGACACUCUGUCUUCAUGGAUGUUUUUGAGCUGAUCGAGGAAGAUGGUGUCUGUGUAGCCAAUCCCCUUCAGGAACGCAUCAUAUUAAUGAGAAAAGAGGGAGACUCAGCCAAGAGUAUCAAUGAGAUGCUUCUAAGCAGGCUGUCGAGGUACAGGGCCUCUCCAUCAGCAACUCUGGCUGCCCUUACUGGCUCCACGAUCUCCAAUACGCUGAAAGAGGACCAAGCAGCUGCUAACACAAGUUGUGGCUUGCCUCUCAAAAUGCUACGGAAGACUCCGAUAUACACCUGUGGAACGUAUUUGGUGAUGUUGGUCCCACCUCCGGGUGGUUCUGGCAGCUCCGCCACACGGUCUCUUUUUGGUGGAACAAGUGGUUUGUCGUCCUUAAAAAUUCUGGCUUCAAGCUUGGUGUUCAAUAUAUCAGACGGGCAGUUUGCAAGCCGAGCGGAUCUCAUCGAUGCUGCCGGGAGCUCACUUGGACGCAGUGCCCUUGUUCCCGGUCUAGGUGCGUGCUAUGAUGCUAUGAACAACAUGGUCUGGACGUGCUCAAAUGACUAUAUUGAUCAGUGGUGCAAUCCUGGGAAUCAAGCCUUCCACUACGUCUGCCAGAGGCUAGGAGUCAGCCAUCUCAUUUUGGAGCCAAAAGGAGAUGCCAUAACCACAAACGAGGUUAUCAACCAGUUACUACACCAUGUUGGUGCCAUGUGUAUCCAUCAGCUCAACCUGCUUGCAGCAAGUAACAACCUUCCAAUUACAAAUUUUUUGGGCAAGCAACACCCAAUUGAAGCUCAUCACCUCAGCAGCAUUUGUGACAUAAUGGAGAAAGCCAUGGUCAACGGAGACACCUGUAUUAUACGUUGUAUCCUGGUUGUCUUCCAGGUGGUUUUUAAAUUUUUCUUCAGCCCCCAAACAGAGAAGAAUCGCGACACUGUGAGGCGAUCUGGCCUCUUGCUUUGGCAGUUACUGAUGGCACCAGCAGACCAGAUCAGCUCUGAAAUUCAGAAGGAGGUCUGUCUAGCCAUCAGCUCUGGUCUAAAUAUCCUGUAUCCUGGAGAAGUAGAAAUUAAUAACUUGCUUAAGCUGGUCUUAACGGAAGGGGAUCGGAAUAGCGGGCUGGCCCAACUUCGAGAUGUGAUCAUGACUAACUUAGCUGAGCAGCUUCAGAACAACAGAUUUGGCAGUGAAGACGAUGAGCAUUACAGACUAAACGAUGAACUUUUGCACUACAUUCUCAAGAUUGUUGUCCGAGAAUCUUGUAUCUUAAUCACCAAGUGCCAAACUGUAUCCAGAGAUGAAUUUCAACGGCUCCUUUCAACUGUGCCUGCUGCCUCCUCCUGCCUGCGGUACCUGAUGGCCGUGCAGAACCAUCUUCUGAGUAAUACUAUUUUGAUUAAGCCCGACGAGAACGAUGACAGUGACAGCUCCGUGCAGGGAGAAACAUUGAAGGUACAGGAACUUAAGGCCAGUAUUUUGACUCUUGCGACACAAAUCUUGACUGGGUGUGAUGAAGUCCUAGAAAUGCUGCAGCAAGUCACCAUGGCUCUUAUAAACAGUGGUAUUCCAGACAGGGAACAGAGGUUAAAAGGCCUGGAGCAGGUGACCAAAGCCACAAUGCUGGGCCACUUGCUUCCGGUCCUGCUGACCUCCCUGAUGCAUCCCAACCUGCAAACGUUGACCAUGGCCGAUGCUCUGAUGCCGCAGCUGGUGCAGCUGGUCCUCUACACAAGCCAGACAGCCUUGCUUCUGAAAACCCAGUCUCCGGUUUUCUCCGAAGUGGGCAGUUCUCCUGGAGGAGCCUCUGAACAAAGGAGCGAGCUGUUCCCUGAGGAGAGAAUGCUAGAAGAGAAAGAAGAGCCAGGUUUCCUUACUGGCUUGAAAAUUCCAGCUCCUUGGGCUGCUGGGAAGACUGUAGAGACAGUUCAUCCCGUCAGGGACAAUUAUAAAUUUAAGGAGACAGUUCAUAUCCCAGGAGCCCGUUGCUUGUAUCUGAGGUUUGAUAGCCGAUGCUCCUCGCAGUAUGAUUAUGACAAGUUGGUGAUCUAUGCUGGCCCCAACACAAAUAGUCGGAAGGUUGCUGAGUACGGGGGCAACACCCUUGGAUACGGCAGCCGUAGCGUCUUAGGAACUGGUUGGCCCAAAGACCUUGUAAAGGUGGAAGGGGAUACCGUGACUUUCUCCUUUGAAAUGAGGAGUGGCCGAGAGCACAACACCCCAGACAAGGCCAUGUGGGGGUUUUCUUGCACUGUCCGGGCACAGGAAUCCUCAGAAGAUGUAUCAGGAGGAUUACCAUUCUUGGUAGACCUUGCGUUAGGCUUGUCUGUGCUGGCUUGUUCUAUGCUGAGGAUACUGUACAAUGGACCAGAAAUAACCAAAGAGGAGGAAGCGUGCCGAGAGCUUCUGAGAUCCAAACUUCUGCAGAGGUGCCAGUGGCAAGUGGAAGCCAAUGGCGUCAUCUCCCCAGCCCUCACGCCAAGCCCUUCCCCGCUGCCUCUUACCAUAGAUGAAGACCGGGAGUUCACCUACCCUUCCGAUGUCCUUGUGCCCCCUGUGGGUCACUACUUUGACUUGCCAAGGAUCAGGCUCCCUCCCGGAAUCAUGAUAAAACUCAGGGAAAUAUCUGGCCGUGCUCGGCCCCAGUUUAGACCCAGCAUCAGGGAGGUGAUCCAGCCAGACAUAAUGGAAGAAAUGGUGGUUUCAUGUGUCAUCAAGCACUUAAAUCUGGUCGACGCACUCCAGUCCCUAAUAAAUUUCCAGUACCAGGAGGAGCACGCAGAGGAAUACGACUUGCUUUGUAAAAUUAUGGGAGAGACCUUUAAGAAGCUAAAUGCCAUGGAAAGGCAGUUGCAGAGCGUCGCCGAGCUGGAGCAGAAAUGGCAAAGUGAAGUGGAAGACGCCAUGCACGGGAAACUGGAGAACAAUGUCCCCUUUUUCUACGACUAUCACUUCAACGAGAGCAAAAUGAAAGAACUGGAACUUCUGUGCUCAAUGAAGGAGGUUUCUUUUGAUGGAAGCGAUCUUGAGAAUAUGGUUCUCUCCCUGAGAGAGAAGUUCUUCCAGGAAGUCAACUCCCUGCUACCAAAGCCUUCGCAUCCCAUGGCUAAAACAAAAGCGCUGGUUAAGAGCUUGAUGAACCGAGCAGAACUAUUGUUGCAUGUCACUAUUGCAGCACAGUCUGGGCUCACUAGGAGCAUAUCCGGGACCCCUGCAGAGACACCAGCUUGCAAAUCAGCCUCAGAAACAAAGGUGAUUUCCCACACCGUCCGCCAGCCUGUCUUUCUCCGCAGUAUGUCAGCACCAUCGGACCUUGAAAUGAUCGCAAACGAAGAUCUGGAGUUCACCAGGUCAAGCCAGAGAAGGCGCCACGCUGCCAGUCACAGAAGCAGCUCCUUCACUCUCCUCCAGUCCCUGACCAUCGAGGAUAGCCGAGAUAAGCCCACAUACAGCGUCUUACUGGGGCAGUUGUUUGCUUUCAUUGGAACGAAUCCAGACCAGGCGGUAUCCAGCAGUAGUUUCCUGUUAGCUGCUCAGACCAGGUGGCGGCGCGGAAACACCAGGAAACAGGCCCUGGUGCAUAUGCGGGAGCUCCUGACGGCAGCCGUUCGUGUUGGUGGCGUGACGCAUCUCGUGGGUCCAGUCACGAUGGUACUUCAAGGGGGCCCACGAAUUGAAGAGCUCACCUGCGGUGGGAUGGUGGAACAGGUGCAAGAAGCCUUUGGAGAGACCAUGACCUCGGUGGUGGCGCUCUGUGCCCGUUACCCCAUCGCUUGUGCAAAUAGCAUUGGUCUGUUGUGCACCAUUCCUUAUACCAGGAGCGAGGAGAAGUGCCUGGUGCGCAGCGGCCUGGUCCAGCUGAUGGAUCGGCUGUGCAGCUUAAGCAGCCAGACGGAAUCCAGCUCCAACGAGAAACAGACGAAGAAGCAGAAGGUGGCCACCAUGGCUUGGGCCGCUUUCCAAGUGCUCGCCAACCGGUGUGUUGAAUGGGAAAAGGAAGAAGGGGGGUCAACGGAGGCUGUGCACUCUGGCCUGGCCCGUCAAGUCUCCAGUCUUUUAACCAACCACUUGGCACGAGCCACUGAGUGCUGUGGCAACCAGGCAGCUGGAAAUGAUGCCCUGCAAGACGUCCUUAGCCUUCUGAACGACCUGUCAAGGAGUCACAUUGGCAAAGCCAUCCUGAGCCAGCCGGCCUGCGUGUCCAAGCUCCUGUCCCUGCUCUUGGACCAGCGCCCCUCUCCGAAGCUGGUCCUCAUCAUCCUGCAACUCUGUCGUGCUGCUCUUCCGCUCAUGAGUGUCGAGGACUGCGGGAAUGUCGAACUGCCACCCUGGAGUUACUCUGUGCCCUCCCUGAACAGUGAGCAGGACGAUCCCAGCGACCCAGCUUCCAAAAUUGCCUCCCUGCUCUUAGCAAAACUGGCCGAUUACGUGGUACCAGGAUGUCAGACAGUUCUUUCUCCAACUGCUUCUGAACCUGAUACCUCUCUGACAAAAGCCAGUUCAAAAAGCUCCCUUAAAGGGGACAAAGAUCCAGGAGAAGAAAGUGAGGCUGUGGACGGUAAACUUUCCAUUUUUAUUCAUAAGCGGGAAGACCAGUCAUCUCAUGAAGUCCUUCAGCCAUUGCUAAGUAGCUCAGAAGGCCGUCCAUUUAGACUUGGAACAGGAGCUAAUAUGGAGAAGGUGGUUAAGAUGGAUCGAGACAUGACUAAAAGUGGCUCCUGUGAAGUUAUCACUGAAGAGGCAGCUGCGGCUCUGCGGAAGGCAACCAAGUGGGCGCAGUCUGGAUUAAUCGUGAGUGUGGGACCGCCUGUAGAGACUGUCAAUCCCGAAAGCAGCAGUGGCCUGUCAACCGGCGACAAAAAGAAAACAGCACAAACCUCCAUUUGCAGGGAGCGGAAUUCAGAGCUCGCCAGGACUGACCCCGUGCGGCCUUUCAUUAGUGGCCAUGUGGCUAACAGCAUGGCAGCAGAAGUGAUUGCAUUGCUUCACAGCUUGCUGAUGGCUCCAGAAUCCAAUGCCGCCCAGAUAUGGACAACCACCGCCGAGAAAGUUCUGUCGCGUGCUCUGAUGUACAUCCCUCAGCUUGGAAAAUAUGCCGAAAGCAUCCUGGAGAACGGGAGCAGCAGCGGGAGGAAGCUGGCCAAACUUCAAAGGAUUGCCCGCCAGGCAAUAGCUGCUCUCUGUGCUCUUGGCGGCUUCAAAGAGACCAUCAAGAUCGGCUCUGAAGUGCAGGUUUUAGGUAGGGGGAUAGCUGGAAGCAUUGGAGUGGUGGCAUCGAUUAACGAACAGGAAGGUAUAGCAACGGUCAAAUUCCCACCGACCAGUAUAGACGGUAGAAAGACCUCCCAGGCAUCAGACAUUUUAACUAUUCCAUUAUCUAGGCUCUGUGUUCCGAGAUCAGAGGCAUUGCCUCUCCAUAAACUGUCCAUUACUGAGAAGGUAGUACAGGCAGUCCAGUCCAUGUUGCUUCCUCAGGAGGGAAGUCUAUCUAUUCAUACCUCACUUCCUGCAACAGGAGAUGGCUCAACUCCAGUAAUGGCAGUGGUCCGACUCCUUGCGGAAAUCAGAACCAGAGCAUGCCUGGUGAUGGCACAGCUGUUGGAAGACAGUUCCUUCUGCGAAGAGUUCAUCCAGCAGUGCCCAGCCGCUGUGGAGGUCCUUAACCUGGUGGCCCAGGAGUGCAGCCCUGGGGAGCGGCUGCUGGUAGUAGAAGUGCAGUGUGAAAAGCUAAGGAUGCUGUACCGUGAUAGCGCUCGUCCCCCCCCUCCACCCCUCCAGGCUGAUCGAAGACAGCCUAAGGAAAUCACCUGGAGCCCUUCUCGGGUCUUCCCGCCAGUGCGUGCCUGCAUGUUCUCCUCGCACCUCACAGCUGUGACCUUCCUUGCGGAUCCCAGUGCUGGCGGAGGGCUGCCCCGUGGCACCUUCAUCUAUGCUACAUCAUGUGUUCCAGUACAGGCUCCGUCAUUCUACUGGGAGAUAGAGAUUGUGUCCUACGGAGAUACGGAUGACGACACAGGUCCAAUAGUAUCUUUUGGGUUUGCUACAGAAGCAGAAAAACGAGAUGGAGCUUGGACCAAUCCUGUUGGCACCUGCCUCUUCCACAACAACGGGCGAGCCGUUCAUUACAAUGGCUCUAGUUUACUGCAGUGGAAGAGUGUGCGACUGGAUGUGACCCUCUCUCCCGGUGACGUUGCGGGAAUCGGCUGGGAGAGGGCGGAAGGCACCCCUCCUCCUCCAGGACAGCCUGCCAAAGGCAGAGUGUAUUUCACCUACUGCGGACAGCGUUUGGGGCCUUAUCUUGAGGAUGUCUCUGGGGGAAUGUGGCCGGUUGUACAUAUCCAGAAGAAGAACACCAAAGUCCGGGCAAAUUUCGGGUCCCGCCAGUUUGCCUAUGCAGAAGGACAAGCUCACCGGAACGCGGCUGACCUCUGUGUUGACCUCGCAGAAGAAAUCAGUGCCAACUUCGAAGCAUUGCCUUUCGCCAUGGCAUCCGAUAGUGACAACGACGCUGGCACCAGCACCGCCUCCGACCCCGGGACUCACGGGCCUCCUUGCAGGAUUGCUGCUGUGGCCACAGCUCAGCAACAAUAUGACAGCGACACCUCCUGCCAUUAUAAGAUGGAACUCAGUUUUGAAAACUUCAUCACGUCGGGCCCAGAUCCUCACCCUCCUCCCAUUGCAGAUGAUGAAAGCGAUGACGACGAUGAUGACGACAUCCCGCGGGAGGACCACUAUGCCUUGCUAGUAAAAGCCUGGGAGACAAAAGUGUUCCCCACCAUCAGAAGACGAUUCCGCAAUGAAGCAGAGAGGAAGUCUGGCUUGGACCAGAUCAAAGGAGCGUUGCAGCUGGGAAUGGUAGAUAUAGCCCGACAAACAGUCGAAUUCCUUUAUGAGGAAAACGGGGGCAUUCCUCGGGACCUUUACCUCCCCACUAUUGAGGACAUCAAAGAUGAAGCAAACAAAUUCACCAUCGAUAAAGUUCGGAAAGGCCUGACGGUUGUCACACGCUGCCCGGACAGUAACAACGUAGCCGCCAACACCGUAGGAACUGCCCUGCCUAAGUUUGCCAUUCGUGGGAUGCUGAAGACCUUUGGGCUCCACGGAGUCGUUCUGGAUGUUGAUUCGGUAAAUGAACUGGUCCAGGUAGAGACAUACCUCAGGAGUGAAGGUGUUUUGGUAAGAUACUGGUAUCCUAUUGAUAUGCUGGAACGACCACCUGCCGGCUAUAGACGGACGGCAACAAAUGGGCUGGUUUCUCUGGACAAUGCAAACAUUCAGAUUCACAGAGAACUUCUGCGAUGUGAGGCUGCGCUCGCUAGGCUGUACUGCCGCAUGGCUCUACUCAAUAUUUUUGCCCCUAAGUCUCCUCACCUGUUCACUCGUCUGUUUCACAUCCCCGCUAUCCGGGACAUCACCCUGGAGCACCUCCAGCUGUUGUCCAGUCAACUUCUCGCACCACCUCUUCCUGAUGGAACCAUCAGCUCCAGCUCCAUCCUCCUAGCUCAGUCGCUCCAGCACUGCAUCCAUUCCCAGAACUGCUCCGCCACGGACCUCUUCUAUCAGGGCAAUUCUCAAACAAUCCAGGAGUGGCUCUCUGUCGCGAUCACACGCAGCCUGCAUCAGGGGGAGGAAAGCCUGCUGGACCUGACUAAACAGAUCUGCUCUUUCUUGCAGAAUGCUCCUGAACAAUUCCCUUCUGAGGAGUUUCCUGUUUCUGAAUCGAAAGUCAACAUGGACGUUAAUUUCCCCGGGGCAGCCUUUGUGGUUGUGUCCUGUAAGGAAAGUCAGUCUGGAUUCCGCAAAGACUCCUCCCUGUAUAAGGCCCCUUGGGCCCGGGUUCUCAUCUAUGGCCUCGGUCACAAAGUAAAGCGGAACGGCCAGUUGAACCUUAUCGAGGCCGUGUGCUACCCCCGGGAUGCUUCUCCGACCAACACGGGCCUCACUCCGCCCCCCACAACCAACCAGUAUCCUUCAGUCAUCAUCUCCGCAGACAAGGUCCACAUCAAACUUGGGGUGUCUCCGCCUCCGGGAGCCGUGCUCAUCUUGCAUUCCCUCCCCCUGGAGUUCCCGUUGGCCACGGCAUUCACGGAACAGCUCCUGACGUGGAAACUGGAUGACAGUGAUGGAAAAUCGGAAGAUGAUGAUGAUGAUGUGACAUCUGUGAAAUGCUUUAAAAGUCCCUAAUCUUCUCUGUGCCCCGUUUGGCUCUUCCUAGGGAACUUCCUGUGGACCACCAACAUGGCCGCCUGCGUGAAGGAGCUGCUGUUCCACCUCUUGGCCGAACUGCUCCGCAAAAUCCACAGCCUGGAGCAGAAGAAGAACCCGGCGGGGCUCUCGUCCUCCAUCGCGCUCCAGCUCAAUCCUUGCCUGGCCAUGCUGAUGGCGCUUCAGUCAGAGCUGCACAAGCUGUACGAUGAAGAAACCCAGAAUUGGGCGUCCGGGAGUACCUGCGCCGGAUCUGGGGUCGGAGGCGCCGACCAGGGGCGAUUCUCCACCUACUUCCACGCCCUGAUGGAGGUCUGCCUGGCGGUAGCAGAAGUGACCCUCCCCAUCAACAUGAGCAUAACGGCCAACGUGAUGUCGUCGACCGGGGGCCCGAACCUCAGCGAUUCUUCCUCCUCCUCUUCCUCCUCCCCGGGGCAGACCCCCCAGAGCCCGAGCCUCCUGUCAAAGAGGAAGAAGGUGAAAAUGAAGCGGGAGAAGACAUCGUCCUCAGGGAAGCGGACUUCGUCCCGAGCGGCCGACGCAGACGCGGCCACGCUGAGCAUAGGCGGGAGCAAGCCAGAGGACAUGCUGUGGUUCCACCGGACGCUGACCUUGCUCAUCAUUCUCAGGCACCUCACCAAGAAGGACCCCCAGGGGCUCGGCGUGACGAGCGAUGCCGUGACAGAUGCUUGCCAGGCCUUGGUUGGGACGACGGCUCAUAGCCGCUUGCUAGUGAUUUCAGGGAUCCCCACCCACCUGGAAGAGGGGACCGUGCGGAACGCCAUCCGCAAGGCCUGCAACGCUCACGGCGGCGUCUUCAAGGACGAAAUCUACAUCCCUCUGCAAGAGGAAGAGCCUAAAAAAACAAAGGACAAAGCGGAGGGAGGGGAGUGCAGGACUGAGAUGGACAAGCCGGUGGUCUCCAGUAGUGUGGACAGCUUGGACAUCAGCAGCUCCAGCAGCGUCACGCCCGCCAUGAGCAUCAGCGCAUCUGCCUCUACUAGCCAGGCCUCCCUCUGCAGCUCCCAGGGCAUCUCCCGGACCAUUAGUGACAUCUCCGUCGACCAGUUCCAGGCGGCCCUGGAGGUGCCCGUUCCACCCGGGUUGCUAGAACCGCAUGUGGUUUCCAGUCAGGAAAGCUUAGACCUUUCCCUUUGUAGUACCGGAAGCCUAGGCAGCUUGGGGAGCCUCGGGGAACCGAUUGACAACGUGGAGACGGCGUCGGUGUCCGACGUCGGAUCAAUGUACACCGUGACGUCGCUGGACAGCCAGUCGGUCCCAUCGAGGCCCAUCAAAGGCUUUGCUGUUGUGGAGAUAAGAUCCCGAGCCAAAAUAGAGAAGAUCCGGGCCAGUUUAUUUAACAGCAGCGAUCUGAUUGGACUGUCAAGUCUCGAUGGGGAGGAUGAGCUCAUGGAAAUGUCCACAGAGGAGAUUUUAACCGUCUCUACUGUGAACCAGAGUUUGUUUGAUACGCAAGGAAGUCCCGCGCUUGAAGACUACUUCAAUGACAAAACGAUCAAAGGAGAGAAGUUGGCGCCAGGUGCUCGCGACGUCCUCACCGACAUAUUCAAAAGCUGCCUCCACUCUGAGCAAAUGCUGAGCUUAACUCCUACGAAACCCACCAAAGUGGCGGAGAUCUAUCUGAGCAAAGAGCAGAUCAACGCCCAGACGCCCGGGAACCUCCUGUAUUCCUUCUUCACCAACGUCCGUCCCCCAAAGAAGGUCCUGGAGGAUCAGCUGACUCAGAUCCUGAGGAAAUACGGGGCUCCCAAGCCAAAGUUUGACAAGAACAAGUACAGCAAGGCGGGCAAAGAGCAGCACCCGGUGAAAGUGGUGAGCACCAAGCGGCCCAUCACAAAACCCCCGGCCAAGGAGAAGGCUGUGCUCAACAGCGUCAGCAGGACAGCCUUGAGUGAAAAGAAGCCAACUGUGAAACCCAAGUCCCCAGAGAAGAGCAAACCUGAUGAAAAGGACCCAGACAAAUCACCCACAAAGAAGCAGGAAGUUCCGGAGGAGAAAUAUUUGACGCUGGAUGGAUUUCAGAAAUUUGUCAUCGAUCGGGCAAAACAGGACAUCCGAAGCGUGUGGCGAGCCAUUUUGUCGUGCGGUUACGACCUUCAUUUUGAAAGGUGUGCCUGCAUCGACGCCAGACAUGCCCAGAAGGCUUCCCGCAAGUGGUCCCUGGAGAUGGACGUUGCCCUGGUUCAGUAUGUCAACCGCCUCUGUCGCCAUCUGGCCAUUACCCCAGCCCGGCUGCACCCUCACGAAGUGUACUUGGACCCCGCGGACACAGCUGACCCCCGUGUCUCCUGCCUGCUGAAUGUUCCUCUUGAGAGCUUGCGCCUGCGUUUUGCACUGCUUCAGUCCCUCAACACCACGCUGGAGACCUUCUUCCUGCCGCUGGUGGAGCUGCGCCAGACUGAGAUGUACACAAACAGCAUCGCAGCGCUGCUCCAAGUGGCCAAAGGAUUCAUCUUUUACGACACGAAAGUGACGGUCAUGAAUCGGGUGCUCAAUGCCACAGUGCAGAGGACGGCUGAUCACGCAGCCCCAGAGAUCACCCUGGAUCCACUGGAAAUAGUUGGAGGAGAGAUACGGUCUUCCGAGAACUCCUACUUCUGCCAGGCGGCCCGGCAGCUGGCCUGCGUCCCGUCCUCACAGCUUUGUGUGAAGUUGGCCAGUGGAGGCGAUCCCACUUACGCCUUCAACAUCCGCUUUACGGGCGAGGAGGUCCACGGCACCAGUGGCUCUUUCCGUCACUUCCUGUGGCAGGUCUGUAAGGAGCUCCAGAGUUCACUGCUGUCCCUCCUCCUGCUCUGUCCCAGCUCGGCCGUCAAUAAGAACAAGGGCAAGUACAUUCUGACGCCCAGCCCCAUCAGCUACGGGGAGGAGCAGCUGCUGCACUUCUUCGGGCAGCUGCUGGGCAUCGCCAUCCGGGCGGACGUCCCCCUGCCCCUGGACCUCCUGCCUUCCUUCUGGAAGACCUUGGUGGGAGAGCCACUGGAUCCAGACCUGGACCUCCAGGAGGCAGACAUCCUCACCUACAACUACGUCAAAAAAUUUGAAAACCUCAACGACGAGGCGGAGCUGGAGGCCCUGUGUGCCGAGAUCGCCUCCCAGCACCUGGCCAUGGAGAGCCCCGACUGCCCCAACAAGCCCAGCUGCAAGUUCACCUACGUGACCAUGACGGGAGAGGAGGUGGAGCUGUGUGCCCGGGGCAGGCACAUUCCCGUCGUGUGGGAGAACAAGGACAUCUAUGCAACAGCGAUCCGGAACCUGCGGAUGCACGAGCUGCAGAACCCCGAGAGCGUGAUGGCCGUGCGAGCCGGCCUGGGCUCCAUCAUCCCCCUGCAGCUCCUGACCAUGUUGACGCCCCUGGAGAUGGAGCUCAGGACCUGCGGGCUCCCCUACAUCAACCUGGAGUUCCUCAAGGCACAUACCAUGUACCAAGUAGGACUGAUGGAAACGGACCAGCAUAUUGAGUUUUUCUGGGGGGCCUUAGAGAUGUUCACGCAGGAGGAACUUUGCAAGUUCAUCAAGUUUGCCUGCAACCAGGAGCGGAUUCCUUUUACCUGCCCCUGUAAGGAUGGGGGGCCAGACACCGCGCACGUCCCUCCCUACCCCAUGAAAAUCGCACCUCCAGACGGCACGGCAGGUUCUCCAGACUCACGCUACAUCCGUGUGGAGACCUGCAUGUUCAUGAUCAAACUUCCUCAGUACUCGUCCCUGGAUAUAAUGUUGGAAAAACUCCGGUAUGCCAUCCACUACCGCGAGGACCCUCUCAGCGGCUGAGCCGCUCUGUGCCAAGGCGACAGGCACCUUUGGAGAAGCCCUUUCCACGCCCCUGCUGAAACGCCCAAAGCUCCACGGAAGGCCUCCCCCCACCACCCCGACACCAAAGGGGGCCAAACGCUGACCCUUUCCUCUGGAUU